AUGCUCGGACGUAGUAUUGCUGGGAGACUGAGAAUUCCUGUUGGAAGGGUUUCAUUCCAACGAUUUAUGGCAUCCAAAGAGCCAGAAAUUGUUUUGAAGGAUAAGCUAAGACCAUUAAGAAUUGACAGAGAGUUGCCAGAUCCUACCAAGGAUGUUAACAAACGUAGAUUACAAUUUGUUGCGUUUUUAGGGCUCAUGGGAGCUUCUUUGGCUAUGAUAUUUAACUAUGAGAAGACACAAUCACCAGUUAUUUCUAAUACGUUGUAUCACAUGCGUCGUUCCCCAAAGAUCAGGGAAGUUUUGGGGGACCAAAUUGACUUCGACGGGCUAGUGCCAUGGGUUUCCGGGGAGUUGAACCAGGUUUCUGGUGAUGUGAACAUCAAAUUCUACUUGAAGGGCUCCAAGGGCAAGGUUGGCGAGGUGAAGUUGGUAGCGGACAGAGAAAACCAACGUCAAGAGUUUUUGAUCCACGAGUGGAGUGUGCAAGUUGAUGGGAAGAAAUACGACUUGCUUGCAGAGAAUGGUGCCACAAGGACCUUGUGA